AGUUAACGAGACUCACAGCAUCUCUUCUGUGUUAUGGACUGGUUUUGCUGAUGGGAUGUUCACACAGACCCUGAGGAACACAUUCAGAUCUGCAGCUUCAUGAAUCAUCAGACUGGCAGCUCAGUGGACCAAUCAGUUGUCUUCUGAAAGCGUCUGUGAGUGUUAAACUGGAGUUCAGAAAGUAAACAAACAAAAUCUCCACAUCAGUCCAGUGCUGAAGACACACAUGGCGGAACCGGAGCUGUCGUCCCCAGUGGGCUCGUCCCAGCGCUCAGCGCCGCUCUCGUUGUCUUUCCCGUUCCUGCGAGAGGGCAGCGGCGUGUGGGAGAGAGGAAAUCUGCAGCCGGGAGAAUUACCCAGUCCUCUACCCACCAAACGCACACGCACAUACUCCACGACUGUACGUGCUAACGCAGGUCCCGUCUUUAAGGGUGUGUGUAAGAACUUCUCCAGAUCACAGGGUCAUGGUUACAUCAGACCGGCUCAUGGAGGAGAGGACAUCUUUGUGCACAUCUCAGAUGUUGAAGGCGAAUAUGUUCCGAUGGAGGGAGACGAGGUGACGUACAAGGUGUGUCCUGUCCCACCCAAGAACCUAAAGGUGCAGGCCGUGGAGGUCACCAUCACCCACCUGAAACCAGGAACCAAACACGAGACCUGGUCUGGACAGAUCAUCAGCUCGUAGGACCGGAGCAGAGGGGAUUGUGGGGACAUAAUAAAAGGACGACUGUACAAGCAAAGCAUCCUGAGAGGGUUUUUGAAUGUUCAAGGGAAGAUGGUGAACACAGAGAAUGUGAUACAUGACUUUAUAAGAGGAGAUCAGAGUAGACACACGGUGUGUGAAUGUUUAGGCCCAGAAACAGGCUCUACGCAAGUGCGCAGCAUAAACGCUUCUAGCUGCACAAGCUAAGUUCUACACAUCGUCAUGUUCUGAAACAUCUCAGAUCGCAGUUUAAAACACAACGCAAGUAUGUGCUACCUUGCAGGAAUUAGCAUGAAGUGCUAGCAAGUUAAACUGAGAUGCUAAUAGCUAGCUAACUGAACAAUACCACAUUAAGUUUAAUGUCACAGACGUUUGUAUGUAACUCUAACGGCCCCUUGAGUACUGACAUUUGUUACCGCCACAGUAACGCAAGAGCACACAUUAAGCACGUACAACGGGAUGGCGUGCUUGCUACGUGUUAACCAAGCAUUCGCGACUGUGUUUGCGUGCUUGCAUAGAGUAUGUUUCUGGCCUUAGAGUUCAGUUUGUUUUCUGUAGGUGAGGACAAAAAGAGAAAGCGUUUAUGAAGGAUGGUCGCACAUCCUCAAGCUUGUGAACUGUGAAAGAGUUUAAUGCAUCGAUCCGGAGGCACACACUGUACGAUCAAUUCACGUCGCUGUUUUCAGCUCUAUUUAUUUGUAUUUUUAUUUAUGCAUUCAUUUUGGGUUAUUGUAUGUUAAAUUAAUGAUAGUAGGGUAAACCUCGAGAAAUCAGUCAAGAAAAUGUCCGGCUCAUAUUUCACAGUAACAACAAAGAAAAUUAAGCCUAUUUUUAGUACCAUAAAAUUUUUUCACAAUGCUAAACAUUUUAAUUUAGGACACAUAAGCUGGGGCCCUGAAGUCACGAGUUCAAAUCCAGGGCGUGCUGAGUGACUCCAGCCAGGUCUCCUAAGCAACCAAAUUGUCCCGGUUGCUAGGGAGGGUAGAGUCACAUGGGGUAACCUCCUCGUGGUCGUGAUUAGUGGUUUUCGCUCUCAAUGGGGCGUGUGGUAAGUUGUGCGUGGAUCACGGAGAAUAGCAUGUGUCUCCACAUGCUGCGAGUCUCCGCGGUGUCAUGCACAACGAGUCACGUGACAGGAUGCGCGGAUUGACGGUCUCAGAAGCGGAGGCAACUGAGACUUGAGGUAACCGUGCCACCUCGAGGACCUAGUAAGAAUUGGGCUUGCCAAAUUGGGGAUAUCAUAAAAAAAAAAAAAAAAGUUUGAAAUAUGACAAAGACCUGGACAUGCUCUCGACAGGUUUCGUAAGAUUCGCCCAGUAAGCUGUAAUAUAAGUUAUUUAUGCUGGAAUUGAAGCAUCACAGACUAAAAUUGCACUUGAAAUCCCAAAAUGAUUUACUGCCAAACUGACUUAAACUCUCCCAGAACUCCAGGGAGUUUUUCUGGGUAAAAGCAGCAUUUUAUAAUCCAGCUAAUGAACAACAGUUGGCGAGUAGAACCAUUUUAUUACACGGUAGAAGCUAAUAUGCUAAAGCUAAAGUCGCGUUAUUUCUGUUGUGUGUUUGUGAUGACAUGAUGCGGUAUUUGACUGGUCAUGUGAUGUGUUUAAUGUUCCGAGUCGGUUGCAUGUUUGUCCGGUAAUUUGAUUAUCAGAUUUCUAUGCAUCUGUUAUGCACAUCUGUACGUUCGUUUGAGUUUUAUCGUGUGCCAUUUUUGCUAUUUCAGUGAAUAAUUAUAAUAAUUAACUGAAGUUUAUUAAAUGUGAAUUUUAUUUUUGUGUGUGCUCUUUUUAGCGCUCAGAUCACUGUGGUCAAUGUAAUUUUCAUGUAAAAUGUGACAGACUAAUAAAAAUUAUUCAUUCACA